GGUACGUGUGUGUGCGCGUAUGUGUACAUGUACACAUAUGAGAGCAAUUCGUGGUUUUUCAGUAAGGAAAUCUGCAGUUUGACGCAAGUUUUAUGAGGUGCCCCUUUUGCCAAAGUGAAACGCUGGUUGUGGCUUGCCACACGAAUAUAUAAUUCUUUUUAGCUGCAAAGUUCGCAUGCGAGAAGCGAAAGCGCAUAAACCUUGACAAUGGAUGAAAAGGAUAAAGCUCAACACAACAUGAUAUCCAACCUACCGCUUUUGUUUGCGAACGGAUAUCCAACAUCCCUAGAAAAAAUAACCGAGUCCCAGUUAGAAAAUUUUAUUCCCUUCAUGGUGCAAUGCUCUUUAGGACAUAUUAACUUACCAAAGAAAAUAGAUUGCAGUGAACCAGAAUGGUGGCCCGAAAGCGCUCCUUUCGAGAUUCCGCUCAAAAAGCCGAAAGCAUUUGUUGGGAAUUGGAUGGAAAAAAUGAAAGAAAUUGUGGUCAUAUGCUAUCAAUUUCAUAAAAGCUUAUUUCUUUUGAGAUUUUGUAAUGAUUUAGCUGCGUAUGAACACGCGAGCUUGAGAUUUAUAAACAAUUAUAACUCAACAACUUCAUUGUAUGACAGGAGAAACAACAAACUGUUGGUUACCUUUCGAAAUGAAAACAUGUCAUAUGAUAGACAACAAAAGAAUAGGAAGUGCUUGUUGCUGCAAAAGAACAAUAGUUCCAUUAGCGAAAACGUACAACAUAUGAUGGUUGAGCCACCCCCUUUUGAUAUUUAUCUAUGCGACAACUGUGAUGCCGAACUUUAUUCUAAAGAAGCUAUACUCGAACACGAAAACAUUUGUUGCAUGGAAGAUGACGUUAUACUUUGUGAUUCCCCUGAGCCAGAUAACAAAUGUGACGGGAAAAAUGAAGAUAUCGAACUGCGCAACGCCUUUCUUUUGAACUUUAACCUGCAAUCCAAAUUCUCAGAUAACAGUUUAUGUAAAGAAAAACAGAAAACCUAUUCAUUUAGCGAAGAAACAUCAACGGAAACAUCAAACAGAAAAAGGCGUUUACCAUCACGGAGAAAUCGAACAGUUCACUCGUUUAGUAGGUGUUCGUUUAUCCCAAUAUCAUCACCUGCAGGACAGCAAUUGUUAAAGUCGACAAAACAAACAAUAUCAAUGGAAUAUAUUUCGGAAAGACAGGAACGCCUGGAUCGGUUUUGUUACACACCAUUGAUCAUAAAAUCAAAUACCAGGCAAAAGUAUUUUGAGAAAAAAUCAAACACUACCGUGCACUGUACAUUUAAAAAGUCGCAUGAACAUAACUACCACAUAUAUUCUUUUCCGCGACGUCAAUUUGUUAAACGCAGAGACACUACUGAGAACUUUUUGUUUCUAAACUCUCCGCUGAUUAAGCAAUGCCGUCCAAUAUCAGUCAGAUUGAAAAAAAUUUCGGAACACGUAAUGGAAGAGCAAAAUCACACUGCAAACACAAAACUUAAUAUAAGACUAACGCGCCACAAUUCGCUUAACUCGCACUGGAGGAUUUCACCUACCAAGGAAGUAGUUGUUGAUACAAUUGACUUAUGCUCCUCUGACGACGAUGAGCAACAAGAGCAAACAAUGGGCUCGCCAAAAAGACUUGGUUCGGAUGCACUUACUAUAAUAAAACUCACGCAUAACAACAGAAAGUCCAGCAGGCGGGCCGUUGAGCCAAGCAAAUGUGCUCCUGAGCCAGAAUCAGUAGUCGAUACUUCUGUUAAGCCGCUACAGCAAUCUUUAUAUAUAUUUUCAAACUAUAAGGCUAACUCUGUAAUUAAGCGCUGUACUGUUGACUCGAUAUCUAAUCAUUCAUUGGUUAGUUCUCUGAGUACAUCGAAUACUUUUUCCGAUUCUCAAGGACACAGAAAGGAAUACAAUCAAGAAAACUGUAAUUUCUCUAAGAACUUGGUCGCACUUACAGACUGGUAUGCUCAUUCGGCUAAUUCGGAAAAGAGCACUACAAAUCAGACUACUGAGAGUAGUACGUUUGAAGCAAUUUCCGCGGCUCCGCCUUUUAAUAGCAGUGGGCGAAUAAUUUCCAUUGAUUUAACUUCUUAGACAUUUUAAUUCAUAGUUAAGUUAAGGAAUUGUUAUUUUACAAGAUACCCUAAAAUAAGAAUUAUCAUAUUUGAAUAAAUAAUUUGUUUAAAUACUUUUAUA